AUGUCCCUCGUGCUCGUCUGGUUGGUGGCUUCUGUGAUGAUGCUGCUGCAGGCCUUGCAACAACGCAGCAAGGUGACUCGCGAGAGGGUGCAGAGCAUUCUUUCUUGCUUGGAGGAGAUGGACUUGAAGCGUAUGCAGUGCCUCAGGGACGCUCUGACGAGAGCGGGUGUCUUUGUAGCAGCAAAUCUCAGGCACAUGCAGUACGAUUUGGAGCGUUCCAUUCAAAGUGUUGAGGGAGUCGACCCUGAGGGAGAUCUGCAAGACUUCGUUGAUGGCCGGAGACUUGCAACGCCUCCGAGCUUGUCCCUCCCAACAGUCGAGAAGUGGACUGUCUUAGACGCAGUGUACGGGGACAGCCUACAGCCUACUGUCUGUAGCGUUAAUGCCAACACUACCGUGACGCCACUGUCCUCUGCAACUAACGUGGCAAGACAGCUUCUGCAAAAGUCUGCUUUCCAACGAAGCUUAGCCGCGUACUCCAUUGGCGCUUCGGAUGGUGGAGCGUCGGAGGAAGCAGGGGGACAAAUGGGGGGAGGCACUGCAGCAAUCCCGGGGCUUCCUACCCCUCCGGAUGCGGCCGUUGUGCAGCGACUCCAGGAUGAGUAUACUGAGUUUAUUAAUGCUCUUUGGACCCCCGUCACAUCAACAUCUAGCAGUGGCUUGCUGCUUCCGGUAGAGGCGUGCUCCUUGCUGCUCCACAAGAUGGCUCUGCUGCAGGAGGAGAUGACUUCCUCACUGCAUAGAAGUGCCUUCCUGUCGGCUCUGGUGUCUACGAAGAGGAAGAGAGCUGGGGAGAUGCCUGACAGACAAGCCCUGCUACCUUCCAUGCUUCAGUUGCGGCUGUUGGGCGUCUGUUGUGACUGGUUGUUGACAGCAGCAGAUACACAACUAGAUGCAUGGACUGGCAGGCAGUUGCUGCUGCUUGCUGUCGAGAUAGCUGCACAUGGAACUGCAGCAGAAGACCCUCAGCAGCAGAGACAGUGGGACUGGAAACAGGUGCUGCAACGACAACAGCAACUUGGCAGCAUCUACUUCUCCGAUGCAGAGUCCAAGAGGCAGGAGGGAUGCCACCAGGAUCCCAGCAGCAGCGGCAGCGGCAGCGGUAGCAGCAGCAGCAGCAGCGAGAACUCGUUUGAAAGACUUGAACGGGAACAGGAGGCGUCCUUGAGUGCAGUUCGAUGGUCGUUGCAUCGUUGUGUCUACCACCACCGAUAUUGGAAUCGCGUGACAUUCUGGGAAGAAGCCCUUGCCCUGACUGUUAGUGAAGAACUACAGAGACAGAAAUUGUCUGAAAAGUGGCAAGCGGCGGGACCAGAUGUGCUGCAGCAGCAGGAGAGGCUUUUCAGAGAGAACAACCCUUGCUGCAGCAGCCUCCCAUCUUUUGGUUCCUUCAUGUCCCUUUAUGGCAUUGCAACAGAACAGGUGCAGUCGCUGCUCAUCUCGGUAUCAAAGCACCUAAAUUUGGAUGAACAGACUAGAGAGAUGCUUUUGCAUGGAGUGGUGGACGCCACUGCGUCAGACGAUCGACUGCUCGUUGCCCAAAAGGACACGGGCAAGCAAAGCAACAGCAAUAACGGCAACACCACCAACAGCAGCAGCAGUACCAACAUGGAACCUGGCAACUAA